GUCUCCGAAUUUGGCCACUAUCAACACAUUCUACCUUGCAGUAUUGUUUUCGCCACGCCGGACGGGAUUUAUUUGUUUAUAAUUGAAGCAUAUUAUUGCCAAUUAUACAGUUGAGCUAGGGAACAGUCUUGCGCCGCCAUAAUGAUAUUAGAGGAGCAGAGGUUCCUCCAUGAGGACCUCGAGAGGCUGGAACAGGGCAUCGCAGAUAGAGUAGCAGAUGAACCACGACAUGUCCGCGAGCGUUUAAACAGAGAUCACCAAGUCGCAGGCUUCCUAGACCGCAUACAAGACCAGUCGAAACGGUUAAUAGACAUCUACAAAGAUGCCGACAGCGCAAGGAGUAAAGAGAUCCAGAACAUCUCUACCGGCGACCCACUGGCCGAAUUCUACAAGCAAAUCUCCGACAUCAAAUCCUUCCAUAGCCGCUACCCCAAUGAGCCCGUCGAGAACCUGGAGCGCGCAUACAAGAAGAAGACGCCCCAAGAAGGCGAGCAGGUCGUUUCGGAGAUCGACAACAUGUUCACGGGCGAAGAAGCCUACGGCCGCUUCCUCGACCUCACCGCCCUCCACGAGCUCUACGUCAACCUCCCCGGCAUCAAGCGCCCCUCCUACCUCCAAUACCUCGACAUCUUCGACAUCUUCGCGCCCCCCGUAUGCGCCAUCAAGCGCCCCGACAAAAUGACCGACCAGUACUUCACCUACGUCGGCCAGCUCGCCACAUACCUCGAGUCCUUCAUGCGCCGCACGCGCCCUCUCGAGAACAUCGACUCCCUCUUCGAGACCUGGGACGCCGACUUCGACAAGUCCUGGACCGAAAACACAAUCCCCGGCUGGACGGUCGACACAGCCCCCUCAGACCCAACCUCCACAACCGGCGUCUUCUGCCAGGACUGCGAGAAGGAAUUCUCGAACCCAAACGUCUACAAGGCGCAUUUGACAGGCAAAAAGCAUCUCCGCGCAGCCGACCAACGCGCCGCGCGCCUCGCAGACUCCUCCGCCCCAGCUGAGACCACCAACGGCGGCGCACGCCCCGCAUCCACACUCCGCCUGAAGGAACGCGCCAUCGCCGAGCGCGAGAACCGUGUCCGCCGCCUCGCAGGUGCCAUGACGCAGGAGCGCGGCGACACCCGCGUCAACGUCGAGCGCAGACAGGGUAUGACGGAGCGUGAGCGCCAGCUGGAGCUCGAGGCUCUCUUCGCUGACACGGAAGUCGGGCCUACUAUGGACGAUGCGUCGGAUUCGGACUCUGAUGGCGAGGAGAAGGUGUAUAACCCCCUCAAGCUCCCGCUGGCGUGGGACGGAAAGCCGAUUCCCUUCUGGCUGUACAAGCUGCACGGGCUAGGUGUGGAGUUCCCGUGCGAGAUCUGCGGGAACUUUGUGUAUAUGGGACGGAGGGCGUUUGAUAAGCACUUUAACGAAGCGCGUCAUAUUCAUGGGCUAAAGUGUUUGGGGAUCUCGAAUACGAGUUUGUUCAGGGAGAUUACGGGGAUUGAGGAUGCGUUGAAGUUGUGGGAUAAGAUUCAGAGGGAGAAGAAGAAGGAGGAGAGUGGGAGGGAUGUGGUGCAGAUGGAGGAUGCAGAGGGGAAUGUUAUGCCCGAGAAGGUGUAUUAUGACUUGCAGAAGCAGGGGCUGUUGUAAAAGGGGGUGGUUGUGCUGCAUGCUAUGGGCGUUUGGGGAAGGGACCAGCUUUGGGAAGCUGCGUUGUGUUACGUAUUAGGGGGACUAUGUAUCCAAUAUAGCGGAUUUAUUCUAUGAGAAAUCAAAGAAUCACUCAAAAAAUUGCCAGUGUCCUCUCUGUUGAUCCUGGUGCAUUGGACGGCAAUAAGCACGACGUGUAUUGAUGAUAUGACAAAAAAACGAGGCAAAAACGUGGGUAGGAUCAUAUCACGACCUUGACCCAACCGGUAGAUAGACAUUGAAAGGCAGUUGAGAAAAACUUCCCUGGCACUUUAAAUUGGGG